AGGUUUUGUUUUCUGGGUUUUCUGUUAUGUUUUUUCCUUGUCAUUGUUAUUCAUUUAUGCUUAGUCUGUUUCCUGUUUUAUUUACUUCCUGCCUAUGUGCAUUCCCACUUUUGUAAUUGUCUGCCCUGCCCUGAUUUCUUCCACCUGUGUCUUAUCACCCUGCCCUCCUUCUGUAUCUGAUCUCUGUGUUUCCUGUGGUUCAUUGUCAGUUUGUCGUCUCUCAUUAAGGGAAGUUACUAGUGUUAGUUUUCCAGUGUUUUAGUGUCCUGUUUUUUUUUUUUUUGGAUUGGCCUCUGCUUGUUUUGGACUGCAUCCCAUAAGUUUAUUUUUCAGCAUUUAAAGCAUUCGUGUCUCGAUGGAGCCAGUAGGUGAUCCAGAGAAGAGUCUCAUGAAAGAUGAGGACAGUCCAAAUCCUGCUCCAGCAAAGUGUGACGAGAGAGGCCAGUGGGCCAACAAGAGGGAGUUCCUUUUAUCAAUAGCCGGACAAAUCAUCGGACUGGGCAACGUUUGGAGAUUUCCAUAUCUGUGCUUCAAAAAUGGAGGAGGAGCUUUCUUGGUCCCAUAUGUUUUAUUCCUGCUCACCUGUGGAAUCCCCAUCUUCUUUCUGGAGGUAUCUCUGGGACAGUUAACUGGUCAGGGUGGAAUCACAUGUUGGAGGAAAAUAUGUCCUUUAUUUGAAGGUUUAGGCUACGGCGGUCAAAUGAUAAUGCUAUACACUGUGAUGUAUUAUAUCAUCAUCCUGGCUUGGGCUUUCCUCUACCUCUUCUCCUCCUUCCACACUGUACUCCCCUGGGCCAGCUGCAACAACACCUGGAACACAGAGAACUGCGUUGAUUAUGGUCAUAAUGAUUCAAUUUAUGGCCACAUCAAUGAAAAUGCAACAUCUCCAGUUAGAGAAUUCUGGCAGAGGAGAGUCCUGGGUUUGUCUGGAGGAAUUGAGGAGAUGGGCAGUGUCCGCUGGGACCUGGCUGGAUGCCUUCUGCUGAGCUGGAUCAUCUGUUACUUCUGUAUCUGGAAAGGAGUCAAGACGACAGGAAAGGUCGUCUACUUCACGGCCACUUUUCCCUACGUGAUGUUGAUUGUGUUGCUGAUCCGUGGGCUGACAUUACCAGGAGCUGUAGAUGGAAUUCGAUAUUAUCUUUCUCCAGAUCCGACCCGUCUGACUGAUCCUCAGGUGUGGAUGGAUGCGGGGAGCCAGAUAUUUUACUCCUAUUGUGUCUGCUCAGGCUGUUUACAAUCUUUGGGAAGCUACAACAAAUACAACAACAACUGCUACAGAGACACCUUUGCCUUGUGCACACUAAACAGUUUAACCAGCUUUGUUGCUGGCUUUGCAGUCUUCUCUGUCCUCGGCUUCAUGUCGUAUGAGUUGGGUGUUGACAUCUCAACGGUAGCUGAAUCAGGUCCCGGCCUGGCAUUCAUUGCUUACCCUCGGGCAGUAUCCAUGAUGCCUUUACCACAACUCUGGGCUGUCCUCUUCUUCAUCAUGAUAAUCUUCCUUGGACUGGACAGUCAGUUUGUGUCUCUGGAAAGCUUGGUGACAUCCAUAUCAGACAUGUACCCAUCCUUCUUUUUCACUGGUCAUCGACGUAAACUACUUCUGCUGGCGAUCUGUGGUGUAUCCUUAGUUAUUGGCCUGUUCAUGGUGACUGAGGGAGGACUUUAUGUAUUUCUGCUGUUUGACUACUAUGCUUGCAGUGGAAUAGCAAUGAUGGUUUUUGCCAUUUUGGAGUCCAUCUGUGUGGGAUGGAUAUUUGGUGCUGAGCGUUAUUACGACAAAAUAAAGGGAAUGAUCGGCUACUACCCCUCGUCGUAUAUGAAAUAUUGUUGGAGGUUCUUCACACCACUUGUCUGUGUUGGAAUAUUGCUGUUCUCUCUGGUCAAGUUCACCCUGCUGAAAUACAACAACACCUACCAGUACCCCUGGUGGGGUCACGCCAUCGGGAUAUUUCUUGCUCUCUCUUCAGUUAUCCUGACUCCUCUGUGGAUUAUCUAUAGUAUGGCAGUAACCCCGGGAACAGUGAGACAGAGACUGAAAACAUUAUGCACUCCAGCAGCCGACCUAUGUAACACACCAAAGAAGACUCUUUACCCUGAAACACCUCGUUCUGAUACAGAGCUUCGUGCUUUAACUGAAAAACCAAAAGAUGGCCGUUCUGAAGAAACUGAAUGUGUUUUGCAUCCCUGAAGACCUGAUGAGUGCAUCAUCAAAGAAGAGUCUACGGCCUGAACUACAGAACCAAACUCAACCUCUUUAGCUCCUUUUGUUUCUGCAUUUAUUGUGUAGCCUAUAAGUACAGACUGGCUUUAAAUGAAAAUAUAGGCUCCAUUGUAAAUGUAAACAGACCUUUAGCAGCAUGAUAGAACAACAAUAACUUAGAUUUAAUUUUGUGGUGGUGGGUGUUAUAACAAAGGAGUCUUGAUAUAGAGUAUAUAUAUAUAUAUAUAUAUAUAUACAUACACACACCAUACAGCUUCUUUCAACAACAUUUAUGCAAUUAUAUAAUCAAGACUCCUUUAGUUUACUGUAUAUGCAGCUCUUAUGAGCUCUUCAGUCAUAUAUGGAUAUUGAUCAACAUUCAUUGUGUUUAUUACUAUUUCAAUGUUUUUGGGAGAUUAAUGUAAUUUGUAACAUGGUUAUAUGGUUUUGAACUAAAACUUUGAGUCAACAUGUAAACAUUGCCAAAACAUAUACAGCUUGAGUAUAUCUUUAUAAAUUGUAUCAUAAAUGAUGUAUUUUAGUGUAUUUUCAUCAAAUUUACAGUCACAGUUGUUGUAAAGAGUAGUAGAAUGCAUUCACUUGCAUCAUUGUCUAUGGGAUCUGGGUAUGGUGGGUAUGGUAAAAUUGCCUUUGAAAUUUUGAUUAUAUAAUGGACGAGGAUAAAAAUCUUAUUUUUUUCCUUUAUUGCAUCUCCAUUUACUCUGGAAUGGUAAUAGAAAUAGGUGUAUUUACUAUGGAUAUUUUAGGCUAGGGCUUAAUUAAAAGUACUUUGAGUUUGGAGUAACAGACACUUGGCAGACCUGCCAACCUGUACGCAUUUAGCGUAGCAGUCAUGCAUUUUGACAUCAAAGUACGCUGGUAUGAGUUGUUUAAAACUUUCUUGUUUGCUGCUGCCUUUUAUUAAACCAAAUAAUUAUCUUAUGUUGCGCUAUAA